AUGUUGAGAGCCGUCCCUCGUGCUCGCUCGGGCGGUUUCUCCGGCAGGUUUUGUUUUUCCCCACCCCGUCAAUUUAAUUUUAUUCUUUUGAAGUUUCUUCGUUGUCAAGCCGCCAAAGUGGAGAGUGCGAUUGCAGAAGGGGGUGCUUCUCGUUUCAGUGCUUCUUCAGGCGGAGGAGGUGGUAGGGGUGCACCUCAGCACUAUCCCAAGACUGCCAGCAACAGCGAGUUCCUGGGGAAAACCCCAGGGCAAAACGCUCAGAAAUGGAUUCCUUCACGAAGCACUAGACGAGAUGACGACUCCGCAAAUGACAAAGAACGACAUGAUGCAAUCUUCAGGAAAGUAAGAGGCAUACUAAAUAAGCUUACUCCUGAAAAGUUUGACAAGCUAUGCCUUGAGCUCCUCAAUGUGGGUGUAGAAUCUAAGCUCAUCCUAAAAGGGGUCAUACUGCUGAUCGUAGACAAAGCCCUUGAAGAGCCUAAGUAUAGUUCACUGUAUGCUCAACUAUGUCUGCGACUGGCAGAAGAUGCACCCAACUUUGAUGGCCCAUCAGCAGAGAGUCAUCCAGGACAGAAGCAAAGCACAACAUUCAGACGCCUCCUAAUAUCUAAACUUCAAGAUGAAUUUGAAAACCGAACCAGAAAUGUUGAUAUCUAUGAUAAGCAUGAUGGUCCCCUCCUCCCUGAGGAGGAGGAACAGAGAGCCAUUGCCAAGAUUAAGAUGCUGGGGAACAUCAAAUUCAUUGGAGAACUUGGCAAGCUUGAUCUUAUUCAUGAAUCUAUCCUUCAUAAGUGCAUCAAAACACUUUUGGAAAAGAAGAAGAGAGUCCAACUCAAAGAUAUGGGGGAGGAUUUGGAGUGCCUCUGUCAGAUAAUGAGGACAGUGGGACCUAGAUUAGACCAUGCAAAAGCCAAGUCCUUAAUGGAUCAGUACUUUGCCCGUAUGCGCUCCUUGAUGUCAAGUAAGGAAUUGCCAGCAAGGAUUCGUUUCCUGCUGCAGGAUACUGUGGAGUUGAGAGAACACAACUGGGUUCCUCGCAAAGCUUUUCUUGACAAUGGACCAAAGACUAUCAAUCAAAUCCGUCAAGAUGCAGUAAAAGAUCUGGGAGUUUUUAUUCCUGCUCCUAUGUCUCAAGGGAUGAGAGGCGACUUCUUUCUGGAGGGACCCUUUAUGCCACCCAGGAUGAAACUUGACAGGGACCCACUCGGAGGGCUUGCUGAUAUGUUUGGACAAAUGCCAGGUAGCGGAAUUGGUACUGGUCCAGGGGUUAUUCAGGAUAGAUUUUCACCCACCAUGGGACGCCAUCGUUCCAACCAACUUUUCAAUGGCCAUGGGGGUCACCUCAUGCCUUCUGUUCAAUCCCAGUUUGGAGAUCUAGGCAAAUCUUUUCUGAAAAAUCAGGGGCAAAGCCAGCUCUACCAUAACCAGAAUCAGGGACUCUUAUCCCAGCAACAAGGACAGUCGAAGGAUAUGCCACCUCGGUUUUCUAAGAAAGGACAGCUUAAUGCAGAUGAGAUUAGCCUGAGACCUGCUCAGUCUUUUUUAAUGAAUAAAAGCCAAGUGCCAAAGCUUCAGCCCCAGAUAACUAUGAUUCCUCCCAGUGCUCAACCACCACGCACUCAGACACCACCUUUGGGACAGCCUCCUCAACUUGGUCUUAAAACAAAUCCCCCACUUAUACAAGAAAAGCCUGCAAAGACCACCAAGAAACCACCUCCUUCUAAAGAAGAGCUACUUAAACAAACUGAAGCUGUUGUGACUGAGUAUUUGAACAAUGGAAAUGCUAAUGAUGCUGUCAAUACUGUAAGAGAAAUGAGGGCUCCAAAGCACUUCAUUCCUGAGAUGUUGAGCAAAGUAAUCAUUCAGUCCCUAGAUAGAUCAGAUGAAGACAAAGAGAAAGCAAGUACACUGAUCAGCUUGCUCAAGCAGGAGGGAAUAGCCACAAGUGACAACUUCAUGCAGGCAUUCCUGAACGUAUUGGACCAGUGUCCCAAACUGGAGGUGGACAUCCCAUUGGUGAAAUCCUACUUAGCACAGUUUGCAGCCCGUGCCAUUAUUUCAGAACUGGUGAGCAUUUCCGAACUGGCUCAACCACUGGAAAGUGGCACCCAUUUCCCUCUCUUUCUGCUUUGCCUUCAGCAGUUAGCUAAGUUACAAGAUCGUGAAUGGCUAACAGAAUUGUUCCAACAAAGCAAAGUGAAUAUGCAGAAAAUGUUACCAGAAAUUGACCAGAACAAGGACCGCAUGCUGGAGAUCUUAGAAGGGAAGGGGCUUAGUUUCUUGUUCCCGCUUCUGAAACUGGAGAAGGAACUGCUAAAGCAAAUAAAAUCGGAUCCAUCCCCUCAAGCUAUCUAUAAGUGGAUUAAAGAUAACAUUUCACCCAAACUUCAUGUAGAUAAGGGAUUUGUGAAUAUAUUGAUGACCAGUUUCUUGCAGUAUAUUUCUAGUGAAGUAAACCCACCUAGUGACGAAUCGGAUUCUUCAUCUGCUCCAUCUAAAGAGCAGCUAGAGCAGGAAAAACAGCUGCUUCUUUCCUUCAAGCCGGUAAUGCAGAAGUUCCUCCAUGACCAUGUUGAUCUGCAAGUGAGUGCUUUGUAUGCACUCCAGGUGCACUGCUACAACAAUAACUUUCCAAAAGGCAUGUUGUUGCGCUUCUUCGUUCAUUUCUAUGACAUGGAGAUCAUUGAAGAAGAAGCCUUCUUGGCAUGGAAAGAAGAUAUUACUCAGGAGUUUCCAGGGAAAGGCAAAGCUUUAUUCCAGGUAAACCAAUGGUUAACCUGGUUGGAAACUGCUGAAGAAGAAGAAUCUGAAGAAGAAGCUGACUAAAGAACCAGCCAAAGCCUUAAAUUGUGCAAACAUACUGUUGCUAUGAUGUAACUGCAUUUGACCUAACCACUGCGAAAAUUCAUUCCGCUGUAAUGUUUCACAAUAUUUAAAGCAGAAGUAUGUCAGUAGGAUAUUUUCUGCAAAAGGUUUUUGUAGUAUGUCUUAAUAGUCUACAAUAAAAAUAUUUUAGAGUAUCUUUAAUGUUUAGGUAACACAGUGUAUUAGCAGCAUGCAAUAAUUACAUCAUAAGUUCUCGAGCAGAAGCAGUCUGUUGCAAGGGUCUUCUUUGCUGCCAGUUAUCAUAGGCUGUUUUUAAGUUAGAAAACUGAAUAGCAACACUGAAUACUGUAGAAAUGCACUUUGCUCAGUGUAAUACUUGAGUUGUUGCAAUAUUUGAUUAUCCAUUUGGUUGUUACAGAGAAUCCUUAACUGUAAUCGAUGGUUGUUGCCGUAAUAGUAUAUUGCCUGUAUUUCUACCUCUAGUAAUGGGCUUUAUGUGCUAGGUUUUAAUAUCCUUGAGCCUGGGCAAGUGCACAAGUCUUCUAAAUCCUUUUACUUGCACAGAACCAAUCAGCUGAAAAGGUGGUUUAAUGCCCUUUGGAAGAGGUUUUUGUGGGUGUGAAACAUGACAUGGUGAGAAAUUUGAAUUGGCCCCUCUAUAGUACUGAAAUUAAAUCUACUUAAUUUAUCAAGACAUGUUCAUGCCCUGGUUUUAUAUACUUAUAUCUAUCAAUAAACAUUGUGAUACUUGA